CUUGUUUUUUUGAGGGCGGGUUGGUUUUUGGCUUUGGGGUUUUGUUUUUUUGUUUUUUGCUGGAAUUGAAAAGUGGCUACCUAUUCUGUGGUCUUUUGAAGUUACAUAUUGUAGCUUUUAAUUCAACAGGUGGUCUCACAUUGAUGAUUUUUUAGAUGGAAUUUAAUAUUUUGAGUUGCCUUUUUGACCAACAAGAAGGGGGGCUUUAUUUCAGAAGUUUGAGUAGUUUGGUUGGAUGGUCUGGGAAAGAGGCCUCUAAAACCCCAGCCUGACUGCUGAGAAGCAGAGAAGUUUAGGGCAUCUCCCCUGGGUGUGAGGAGGAAAGUCUAGGCUUGCCUGUGUAGCAGUGUUAAAGGACACUGUUUAGGUCUCUCUCUUUGCCAACUUCCCCCUCAUUUUAAUUUAGGACUUCUGGGCCUUUCCUGGGCAUGGUUCCCAGAAAGUCCCUCUGCUGCUGCUGCCCUGAUCAGGUUUCUGGAUCUGUUAAUGAUAGACAACAGUGGGGGAAGGGCCAGGAUCAUUAUGGAAAUAGGAGCAACUAAAUCAGAUGUCUGCUCCUGUCCUGGAUCUGAAGAGCAUCCUGCAGUGGAUAUGUCUUCUAAGCCAUUCUUUGGAGGCAUAUUAGCCUUGUGAAGGUCUCCAAGUGCCUUUCCCAAAAAUCAGGACACAUGAUCUGGGGUUACCUGUUUAUGAGAACACUGAAGCAGAAUGAGAUUCGGACUCUACCAGAAAAUCCAACGGGAGUGAUAAUACCCCCUCACAGAACACCCAGAAGGAAAGGAGGUUGGGCCGCAGUUAGGUGAGGCAAGCAGUGACUCAAAGAGGCAAACCGUAUGUAAUCCUGGAUUGUAGAAGGGGAAUGGGGAAGGGGAAGUAUGGGAAAAUAAGGACAUGACAAUGCUGGAGAAGUGGAAAUGGGAGAGUAAGACGAGCAUGUGAGACAGGACCUCUUUUAAGUAAAAUUUGAAAUCAGCACAGUUUAAAUCUUGAUGCCUCCUAAUCUUCCUGUUCUCCUUGAAUGGCCUUCCCUCUUCUACCUCUACUCCCUGCAUACUCCUUUUCCUUAUCAAAACCUGCUCUUAGUACAGUAAACUCAAUUUAGGUAUAAAUUAUGAAAGACCCAUAAGGCUUCAGAAAUUAUCAGUUACUAAAAUGUGAAACCCUUUUAUUGUAAAAUAUAACACAGAUAUAGAAAACUACAUACAAAAUGUAUAGCUUAAUAUGCUAUUAUGAAAUGAAAACCCUUAUUAGCACCCAGGACCAGAAGUAGAACUUGGCCAGCUAUUUCAGAAGCCAGCUAUGUGCUCCAUCCCAUCACAACUCCUCCCUCCUCCCCAGAGUAACCACUAUCCUGACAUUUAUGAUAAUCACUCAGGAGGAUUUUAUUUUAAUGGGACUAAAGGUUUAACUAUAAAUAAUCACUAAUGGUAGAAUAUUAGGCAGUUGCGGGAUGUUUGGAGGAGCCACGAGAGGCAGCCGGAUCUCAGCACACUCAAAAAUCACAGCACUUCGUACAGUUAGCUCCCUCUGUGCCUAUGAUUAAGACACAUCUCACCAGAAGAUGAUCCCACAGAAGUCCAAGUACAGGGCUGUGCCCUGUGCCUUCAGCUCCAUACUGUCAUCCACUGAUCCACAAAAAGCCAGAAGCCGCAGUCUUCCCAUGGCAGACCAAAAGCAGGUCCCAGCUCACAACACUUGGGAGAGUGUACGUCUCUGUUGCUGACAUGUGAGUCUAGGACACUGCCUAAACUUCCCUGGGCCUCAGUUUCUCACUGUGAAGUAUUGGGCCAUAAUAAAGCCCUUUACAAUCCCCUAUUCCUGACCUAACUUGGUCCCCUUUCCUCAGUCUUGGUUUCUGUUUCCGCUGCCUAUUUAUACAUGUUUGUAAGAAGCUCAUUACCUUCCUUUCCCAGUUGGGUGUCUUUCCAGGCUUGUGCUCCUCUUUUUGCCCUUGAUCCUCAUACACAAUGGGUCUGCUUCAUUUCUACAUGUACCUUUGUAAACACACAUAUAGGUCGUUACAUACUGGAGGUGCUGUUGAACAAUUGGUUGUCGAAUGAAUGAAUAUAUGAAACAAAUUGCUUCAUAUAUCCACGUACACAUUCCUUCAAUAUUUAGCAAGUACCUAAUAUACACACAGAUACCAACCUAUCCCUUUACACAAAUCAUCCCUCACUUCCUUUUCUCAUCUCCCCACUUUCCCAUCCUGUCUUUUUUCCUUUCCCUGAGCCAUAGAGUUAGACUGAGUGCCCGGCCAGGCAGGAUGCAGAGACCUACAGAAGCAGGCCAAUGGAAACAGACACCAUGGAAAGGAGCCGGAUGAAAUAAGGGCAAAGACAGCUGUACAACAUGCAGAGAGAAGCCAACCAGAAUGAAAAGCAGUGAUUCAUGGAGCACUGCAACUCAGAUACUCCUUGGGUUUCACUCUGAGAGCUACUGCGGGAUUGAGGUCAGUGAGGGCUGGCAUCAAGAUGAAGGGCAGACAGGCUCCUCCUCCCUGGAGAUAUGGUGCCCGUCAAUCCCUCCCCUUAAUCCUGUUCUACCCACCCCACCCCCACUACUCCCUCACACUGACCAGUGUCCUGGGCCUUUAAGAGUUGGAUGGGCCGGACUGAGGAGAGAGCUCACACCUCUCCCCACCCUACUCCUUCCAUCUGGCUGUAAGUCUGCCAGUGACAGCAGUAAACUGCAGCAGGAGAGGGGAGGAAGCCAGUGAGUGCAAGAGGAGCAAAGGAGAAAAGGAGCCCGCCUGGCUUUCCUCAGCCCACAGCGGAGAGCAUCGCAGAUCUCAAACACAAGACUGCUCUCCUGCCCACGGUGACUCUGGCAUCAGCUGGUGAAGCAGUGGGUGAUGGCGUCCCUGCUGCAAGGCCGGCUGCCCAUCAGUCAAGACCUGCUGGUGAUGCAGAAAGGCAUGCUGAUGCGCAAGGUGAGGUCCAAAAGCUGGAAGAAGCUAAGAUACUUCAGACUUCAGGACGACGGCAUGACAGUCUGGCAUGCCCGGCAGGCUGGAGGCAGGGCCAAGCCCAGCUUCUCAAUCUCUGAUGUGGAGACAGUGCGUGAGGGCCGCGAGUCUGAGCUGCUGCGCAACCUGGCAGAGGAGUUUCCCCUGGAGCAGGGCUUCACCAUCGUCUUCCAUGGCCGCCGCUCCAACCUGGACCUGGUGGCCAACAGUGUCGAGGAGGCCCAGAUCUGGAUGCAAGGGCUCCAGCUGUUGGUGGACUUUGUCACCAGCAUGGACCAACAGGAUCGUCUGGACCAACCUGGAUGGCUGAGUGAUUGGUUCCAACGCGGAGACAAAAACCAGGAUGGUCGGAUGAGUUUUGGAGAAGUCCAGCGGUUACUACAUCUGAUGAAUGUGGAAAUGGACCAAGAUCAUGCCUUCCAGCUUUUCCAGACAGCAGACACAUCCCAGUCUGGGACUCUGGAGGGAGAAGAAUUUGUACAGUUCUAUAAGUCAUUGACUCAGCGUCCUGAGGUGCAGGAACUGUUUGAAAAUUUUUCGUCUGAUGGGCAGAAGCUGACCCUACUGGAAUUUGUGGAUUUCCUCCAAGAGGAGCAGAAAGAAGGAGAACGGGCUUCUGACCUUGCUCUAGAACUCAUUGACUGCUAUGAGCCUUCAGAUAGUGGAAAACUGAGGCACGUGCUGAGCAUGGAUGGCUUCCUCAGCUACCUCUGCUCGAAGGACGGAGACAUCUUCAAUCCGACCUGCCUCCCCAUCUACCAGGAUAUGACUCAACCCCUGAACCACUACUACAUCAACUCCUCCCACAACACCUACCUAGUGGGGGACCAGCUUUGUGGCCAGAGCAGUGUGGAGGGAUACAUACGGGCUCUGAAGCGGGGGUGCCGCUGCGUGGAGGUGGAUAUAUGGGACGGACCUAGCGGGGAACCUAUUGUUUACCAUGGACAUACCCUGACUUCUCGCAUCCCGUUCAAAGAUGUUGUGGCCACUAUAGGACAGUAUGCCUUCCAGACAUCAGACUAUCCAGUCAUCUUGUCCCUGGAGAACCACUGCAGCUGGGAGCAGCAGGAGAUCAUAGCGCACCAUCUGACAGAGAUCCUGGGGAACCAGCUCCUGAGCACCACCUUGGAUGGGCAGCUUCCCACUCAGCUGCCCUCCCCUGAGGAGCUUCGGAAGAAGAUCCUUGUGAAGGGAAAGAAGUUAAAAACACUUGAGGAGGAUCUUGAGGAAGAGGAGGAAGAGCCAGAGUCUGAACUGGAGGGGGAGCUGGAGGCUGAACUGCAGCUGGAGGCCCAGUUGGAGUCUGAGCCCCCGGAGUUGAGCCCUCGCAGUAAGGACAAAAAGGAGAAGAAAUCCAGGCCCAUCUUGUGUCCAUCCCUCUCUGCCCUGGUUGUCUACUUGAAGGCUGUCACAUUCUACAGCUUCACUCAUUCGAGGGAGCACUACCGCUUCUAUGAAACAUCGUCUUUCUCUGAAGCCAAGGCCAAGAGUCUCAUCAAGGAGGCUGGCAAUGAGUUUGUGCAGCACAACACCUGGCAGUUAAGCCGUGUAUAUCCCAGUGGCCUGAGGACAGAUUCAUCCAACUACAACCCUCAGGAGUUCUGGAAUGCAGGCUGUCAGAUGGUGGCUCUGAAUAUGCAGACUGCGGGGCUUGAGAUGGACCUGUGUGAUGGGCUCUUCCGCCAGAAUGCUGGCUGUGGCUACGUGCUGAAGCCAGACUUCCUGCGUGACGCCCAGACUUCCUUCCACCCUGAGAGGCCCAUCAGUCCAUUCAAAGCUCAGACCCUCCUAAUCCAGGUCAUCAGUGGUCAGCAACUCCCCAAAGUGGACAAGACCAAAGAGAAGUCCAUUGUGGAUCCACUGGUGAGAGUGGAGAUCUUUGGCAUCCGCCCGGACACAACACGGCAAGAGACCAGCUACGUGGAGAACAAUGGUUUUAAUCCAUACUGGGGGCAGACACUGUGCUUCCGGGUCCUGGUACCUGAACUGGCCCUACUGCGUUUUGUGGUAAAAGACUAUGACUGGAAAUCCCGAAACGACUUCAUUGGUCAGUACACCCUGCCUUGGAAUUGCAUGCAACAAGGUUACCGCCACAUACACCUGCUCUCCAAGGAUGGCAUCAGCCUCCACCCAGCCUCCAUUUUUGUGCACAUCUGCACCCGGGAAGGGGUAGAGGAGGUUGAAUCUUAAAGUGGGCACUUCAUGGGAAAAGUGGGUGCAUUGGCUUUAGAUGGUAAGAAAAACCUGGAAGGAUGCUCCAGAAAGCAAACAGAGGUGGUGAAAACUAAGCUUUGGACUGUGCAUUCCUAGGCACAAAAUUACUUCAUCCUUCCUGACAAGCAAAUCUAGGACCUGAUUUUUCAUCUUUUUUCUCUUCCCUUUCUUCGUUUUCACAAGCCUUUGGUAUCAUUCCUGUCCUUUCUCUCUGCAUACUCUACACUGGAAUUCCUUCCUUCCUCUUGCUGUAUGUUCAAUACCAUAGCCAGAGCUAGGACUACUCUUUCCCACCAACUCUGGCUCAAAGGCAGAUUGCAACUAGAAAUCCAGGCAGGCUUGGGGCAGAGAAACCCUAAGAGGCACUAUCUCCUCCACCCCUAACUUCCUCAAAGGGAAGGACAAAUCAAGUCUCAAGGAUCCCCGGACAAAGGCUGGGGAAGGAGACCUGACACCAACACUGUAUUAUGACUCUCAAGAGGACCCUGCAUGGCCCUCAGAAUCCCCACUGGACUGCUGCUCCCUAGCCCCACCGGUAUAAAUCGAGCUUCUCUCUCAAUCUGGCUUGAGUAUGGUCUCUCAUUGUUGGGCAAGAAGGGUAGAUAUGAGGAUUGGGGGACAUUUGGGUAGACCGGAGGAAAAGGUGGAAAAUCAGGGUUUCCAGCAUUCCCCUCCCCACCCCCCUUGCAUUCACUACAUAGGAAGGGUCAGAAGUAAGGCUUCUAAGGGGCAGGGCAAAAGGAGGAGACAAAGAGUUAUGUGAUCCCAGCCCUCCUAAAGAGGAACAGUCCUGAUUUAUGUCUGGUGUCUCAGCAUAAUUAUUAAUAGUACCCUCUUCAAUUUUCCCAGUGUGUCCCAGUUUAGAUGAUUCCUUAUACAGUCACUGUGAGGCACUGAUAGAAUUCUGGGUUACAGAUGUACCUCCCCAGCUGUCUGUCUUUCACCCUAUCCCUGUGCUUUAACUCUAGUGCAACAGCUGAGCCAGUCUGAGGAUAGUGCCGACUUUAAACUGCUUCCACGAGGAGGCUUAGUAGGUGCAAUCCUCCCUCUACAGGUAGACAAAGGGACUCAGAAACAGGGAACAGGGCAAGGGCUGAUGCAGGUUCAAGGACAGAGAGAAGACAGACCUGGGUGUUUCAGAAUCAAUCACUCAGUGAAGAUGGAAGGAGACAGAGGAGAGAC